AUGACAGGGUGGCGAAUGACCCGACGGUGGAACCGCGUUUAUGCUGUCCACCGCUUCAUCCGAAGCACUCUUUCUCCAUCUUUACUCUCUAUCUGCUACAAGUUUGAGAGAUGGAGACUUUCUUGUUCACAUCUGAAUCAGUUAACGAGGGACACCCCGAUAAGCUCUGCGAUCAAAUCUCUGAUGCAGUGCUCGACGCCUGCCUUGCUCAGGACCCUGAGAGCAAGGUGGCUUGUGAGACCUGUACCAAGACCAACAUGGUCAUGGUCUUUGGUCCUUGUUAACAUUGAGCAGCAGAGCCCUGAUAUUGCUCAGGGUGUUCAUGGCCACCUCACUAAGCGACCAGAGGAGAUUGGUGCUGGUGAUCAAGGCCAUAUGUUUGGGUAUGCAACUGAUGAGACACCUGAAUUGAUGCCUCUAAGUCAUGUUCUUGCAACGAAGCUUGGUGCUCGUCUCACUGAGGUUCGCAAGAACGGUACUUGCCCGUGGCUGAGGCCUGAUGGCAAAACACAAGUCACUGUUGAAUACUAUAAUGACAAGGGAGCAAUGGUUCCUGUCCGUGUGCACACUGUUUUGAUCUCAACACAGCACGAUGAGACUGUUACCAAUGAUGAGAUUGCGGCUGAUUUGAAGGAGCAUAUUGAAUACCAACAAAAUGAUAUGAUAUUCGUUUUAGAUUUCGAGCUCCUUGUUCCAUGA